UUUGAGGUUACUUUUGAAAGCACAAACGAAUAAAAUACUUGGACACAACAAUUAGUCGAGAAUAUUCCCACACUAGAGUCUAGAGUUGGCUCCCAAGCAAAAGAUUAAUGAGGCGGCGCACGGUAGACCCAGCGGCCACGUCACGCGUGUCGGUCCCACAAUCCUUGCAAAUACUUAAAUCACGCCACCACCAAUCCAGCUCCGCCCCAACCCACAUUAUAAACCUCAUAAUAUAUAUUCCAUAUCCCUCUAUUCCCGCUUGCCCUUAUUAAUUAUUAUAUUCUCCCUUCCUAUACGCUGUCGUAUUCUCCAUGUCGGCACCGGAACCCCGCCCCCGCCGCGACGGAGCCCCGCCGCCUCUGUUCAAGCAAAACUCCUGGUCGCCGGACAUCAUCCGCGAAGAGAACUGGAUGAAUCGCCGGAAGAACAACCUCAGGCGCCGCGGCCGCAGCGUCACCGACGACGACCUCGACGAGCUCCGCGCCUGCUUCGAUUUGGGGUUCAACUUCGACUCGACGGAUUUGGAUCCGAAGCUUUCGUCUACCUUCCCGGCGUUAGAGUUCUACUGCGCCGUGAACCGGCGGUACUGCGACAGCUUGUCCAGAUCCUCAUCGGCGACGUUUUCCGAUGCGGAUACGGCAUCGUUCUCGGUCGGGAGUCCAGAUUCUAUAAUUGAUCCAAGUGAUGACCCGGCGACUGUGAAGACGAAAUUGAAGCAAUGGGCGCAGGUUGUGGCGUGUUCGGUGCGCCAAUCUUUGCCAGACGUAAUGUGUGAUUAAUUCGCGCUUUGAUUUGGGGAAAGAAAUUUGAAGGGAAAAAAGGGGAAGAUCAAAUUUUGUAUAUUUAGAAUUUAUUUUAGUUUCUAGUUGUCCUUUUGAAUUUUGUUGAUAUUAAACUUCGUUUUUAGUUUUUUCCUUCGUUGAAGAUUGUUCACGUUUUUGCCAUAAUUGUUGGGGUUUGUAAUUAACAUUUUUUCCAGAUAUUUUUAUUUCGAAUUUUCUUAAUUAUUAUCAUUGUUAUUGUCUUUAUGCAAGAUAACUAUUAAUCUUGGCCGACACAUCUCAAAGUAUCGAAAUUGGAACCAUGAUAAAAUAAAAAUGACGAUAACACUAUGAUAA